AUGAAUAACGAGGACAACCAGAGGCGCUCUCAGGUCAAACUGGGCUCGGCCGCCGAUUUCUCUCUGGACAUCAACGAGACGGACCUCAGCCUGCUGACGGCCAGCAUCCGGGCGCCUCACUACAACGCACCCUCCUCCCCCCCGCGGGCGCCGACCACCCACAGGCCCCCGGGGGCCAGCACCAGGCCGGAGACCCCGGAGAUGAGCCGGACCCGGGAGGGGGACCAUCGGGAGGGAGACCGGGGCCUGGACCCUCCGGACAGACGGAGGGAGAGGCGGGAGCGGAAGGAGGAGGGAGAGAAGAGCUGCUGGGAUAAGACCAGCAGGAACCAGCUCACUGCAGGAGAGAGAUGA